CUCCUCUCUCGGCCUCUCAAGCCUCCCCAGAUCCCUUAGAACUUCUCCACUCUCCCCAUCCAAACAUAACAGCAAUGGCCACCUCAGGAUUCUCUGCCGACGAUUACGCUGCUCCCUACACCCUUGAUCACGUUAACAAGUCCCUGCCUAACACUCAGGGCGUGAACCCCAUUGUCACCUACCCCAACCUCCUCAAUGGCACGAACUGCGAGAAGCCUGUGGUAGCUGACUACCAAAAGCGCUCUGAGAUUGAUGUGUUGAUCAUCGGCGCUGGACCCGUUGGUCUUACCACCGCCGCCUCCCUCGCUCGUCAGGGUGUCACUCUCCGCAUCCUCGACAAGUCUCCUCACCCCCUCGUUGUCGGCCGUGCCGACUCGCUUCAGCCCCGUACGAUGGAGGUCCUCGCCCAGAUUGGCCUGGGUGAGGAGGUGUUCGCUCUCGGCCCCCGUAUCGAGCACACCGUUGUCUACAAAGAUGGCAAGAAGCAGAUCUUUGCCGAGUCCCACCAGUCGGACCCCCGUGAAUGCCGCUGGCAAGGUCUGCACGAUGUCACCCAGACGGAGAUGGAGCACGCCCUCAUUCGUGAUCUCGUACGCCACGACAUCCUCGUCGAGCGUCCCUGCACGAUGACGUCCUACAAGUUUGACGAGUCUGCUGACCCCGCCGUCACCCACCCCAUCACUGCUGAGAUUAUCAACGAGGCCACCGGCGAGAAGGAGACCGUCAAGGCUCGCUACCUUGUCGGCAGCGACGGUGCUCACAGCAUCAUCCGCAAGUCGCUUCCUAUCGAGUUCAACGGCAUCAAGACGGAUCUGCACUGGGGUAUCGUUGACGCGGUGUUCGAGACUGACUUCCCUCACCGCUGGACUUUCGGCACUGUCCUCAGCUCCGAGCACGGUGGUUGCUUGAUUAUUCCCCGUGAGCGUGACAUGGUCCGUCUGUACGCCCAGCUCUGGCCCGAGCCUGGCCAGGAGUUCGACCACUCCAAGUGGGGCCCCGAGGAGGUUCUUGCGCAGCUGAACAAGAUCUUUGCCCCUUACUACCUCAAGUACGCCAGCCCUGUCGACUGGUACGCGAUCUUGACCAUCAACGAGCGUGUCGCGAGCACCUUCGAGUACAAGGACCGCAUCUUCCUUGCUGGUGACUCGUGCCACGUGCACAGUGCUAAGGGCGCCUUCGGCAUGAACACUGGUAUCAUGGAUGCCCACAACCUUGCUUGGAAACUCGCUCUCCUCUCCCGCGGCAUUGCCAAGCCUUCCCUCCUCAAGACCUACGACGUCGAGCGCCGCGAGAACGCCCUCCGCGCCGUCGCUACCUCCGCACGCUACCUCCGCUUCGUCGGCAACUGCACCUUCGAGAACAUUGACGGCACUGAAAGCUCCAAGCUCGAUGAUAACGUCGUCAAGGCCGAGGAGGGUGAAGAUAUCCACGUCGCCUUCUUCCGCCAGUUCGCGCAGGAGAAUGGCCGCUUCCUCAUCGGUCUCGACGUCGACUACCGCGAGAACGCCAUCAACAAGAAGGUCGACCCCGCCAUCUCCAGCGCCCGCGCCGGCUACCGCGCCCCCGACCCGCGCGUCGCCCUCUCCCGCGACCGCUCCGCCCGUCUGUACGACGCCUUCGGCCGCCUCGACCAGUUCAACCUCGUCGUCUUCGCGAGCAACCUUACGGGCGCCGUCGUGCCGAAGCUGCAGGCCGUCGAGCAGUACCUCGCGUCGAGCAAGUCGUUCUACGCACAGUACAUGAAGUCGGAUCUUUUCAAGAUCGUCCUCGUCGUCCGCGGUACGCCCAAGCUCGCCGAGGAGCGCAUCCACCAGCUGCCCUUCUUCUCACAGAAGGCGCAGGUUGUCUACGACGACCAGCUCCCCGUUGGCAUCUUCGGCGCCGACGCGCAUGCGCUGUACGGUGUCAGCCACGAGGACGGUGCCGUCGUUGUCGUACGCCCCGACACCUGGGUCGGCACUGCCGUUCCCCUCGAGAAGGUCUCCAGCCUUGAGAGCUACUUCGCUGAGUUCCUCGUCUAGAUUAGUGGGUUUCUGAGGGCCGUGUGUGGAUAUUAGACUGGUGUUAGAUCUAUUAAAUUAUGUAUUUCUAUUUUGUUUGUUUCAUCAUUUACGCAUUUCAUCUACUACUCUGCAAUUCAAUCUCAUUAUCUCUC